AUGGUAUUCGGUCUCCUGGCUCUCGUGGGGACGGUUCCUUUAACCGUGACGUCCGUUAUAACCAUACAAAAUCAAGCCGAGAACGCGAAAAACGAAGCUGCGGACGAUGAUGACGACUGGAAAGGCGAGAAAUGCCACAUGCGCUGUCGAGCGACUGCGAGGACGCCAGAAGACCGCAAGGAAUUGUUCAAGGAUAGUCAAAUCGUACUAUGCGGAGGCCGAUUGUACGUUCAGCUAUCGACAUACGAAGGUCCGGUUCAUCACCCCUUCACCGGAUACUACUUGCCAUUCCCCAAAAAGGAUUACGAAGGCAUUGUAUCUACCAUCUCGGAUAAUCCGCCGCAGCUUAAUUGGGUGUAUCUAGACACAGAUUCCGACAUUUUUCAGCUCAGCCAUGGACUUCGUGUGGAUGCAGAAGAGGGGCAGGCUGGCCCUUGGGAUGCUCGCGUUUGUGAGAAUGGGGAGAAGCGAUAUACAUUUGAGGGUUGGGAGGGAUUUAUUGCUGUUGAGUGUGAAGGUGAGCCAGGAUUAUGGAGGCUGUGUUUCGAUAAGUACAACGACGGAUUGAAGGGCAAUAUUAAAGAGUGCCAAAGGACUGUUGAGGUGGAGUUGGUACGUGAGGAAAUGAAGGCCUGA